AGCGUGGUUGGUUUUCUCUCUCCCUCUCUAAAAAAAAAAAGACAGACGUCAGUGUUUGUAGCAGAAUAAAUAAAUCACCAUGGGACUAGACGGAUGUGGCCUGGUGUGUAAAUACAUCAUCAUCGCCUUCAACAUCAUCUUUGCGGUGGUGGGGUUUGCCUUUUUGGGACUUGGCUUAUGGCUGAGGUUUAGCGAUGACACCAGAGGCAUCUUUCAAGUGGAGGCCCUCAACAACAGUGCAUUCGUUAUUGGUGUAAUAGUGCUGAUUACUCUGGGUUCAGUGAUGCUGAUUGUCGUAGGUUUUGGAGACUAUGGCGCCUGCAAUGAGAACAGAUGCUCUCUGCAAGUGUUUUCGGCCCUUCUAGCGAUUCUGGCUGGAGCUGAAAUUGUCAUUGGUGUGCUUGCUUAUACCAGACGUGAUGAGGUUGGAAACAAGAUUGCAGAGUUCUACGUUAGUAUGUAUACUCUGUUUGCGUCAAGCAAGGACCCAGCCAUUGCCCUCACCCUCACGUUUGUCCACAACAUGCUUCAUUGCUGUGGAGUGUCAGGAAUUUCAUUGAUUGAAGUGGCUAAACAGACCUGUCCUAAACCAGAUGGGUUCUUGGAGCACAUCGCCAUGCCGAAUUGCCCUGGAGUCAUUGCAAACGUCUUUGACGAAAAAGCUCCGCUAGUGUUGGGAAUUUUCCUCGGAACAGGAGCUCUUCUGAUUGUAGCUUUGGUUUGCAGCUCUGUCGUCAGCAAAAAGAUUAAGCUUUCUACGUCCACUCCUCAGUACAUCAUCCUCACUCACUCCACUCCCAUCUUGACUAACACUCAACCUCACCCACAGCAAGAGUUUCUCGCUACCUCCUGUCCUGACGCUGACCCGGUUGUCUUCACUCCCCUCACUGUGGCCAACAUCCCUGUAGUUCAGGCUUAAGCUGCUCUGUUUUUACUCCUGUCCGGGCAUGCAUCAUUCAGACACGUUUUAGCCUGUGAUUUUCACUACAUCGCCAGUGCCAUGCACAGCAUGGUCACUGCAGAAAGUUCUGUUAGUCUUUAAAGGAAAAAUCCACCAUAAUUUUUACUGUAUGCAACUAUUCAACUCUUAAAACUCAGUUUUUAAGGUUGAUGCAUUUUGCAAACUGUGUAUUAAGGUCUUUGUUUCAAGGUCUUUGAUUAAAGCUAUUUCUCAAAGUUUUUCAGAAAAAAAAAAAAAAAAUCUUGAACCACCUAACUCCCCAAAUAUUCAAAGAACAGACAGACAAGCUCAUCAAUCUAACAGUAUAUUAAAAUUGAAUGACAGCUUUACAGAUGGUGUUGUUUACUCAUUCGGUGUAGCUCUGUUACUUGUGGGGACUGAACCACCUGGAUCAAAACGGUGCACCCUGCCUGCUCGGUUAUAUGUUUCAUUUAAUUUCCGUUUAAGUCACCCUGUCUUAAGCCACUGAUCCAUCUUAUUUGACUGCGCUGAUCAUUCAAAACUGCCAGCCGUCAAAUAAGCAGCACAAAAUAGACCAAAUUUUUGGGAUUUACGUACGAGUUAAUGAAAACUUUGUGUAUAUGCUGUAUUAGAUUUUGGAGUAAUUUUUAAACAGUUUGAGAAACACUUAAGUUUGAAUUUGAUAUUUAAAAUGUGAUUUUACCAAUAUAACCACAGACCAUUAAGGGUUAAUCACAAGCCACCUGGUGGUUUGCAGACCACUGAGAAAUCAGUGAGCAUCAGUACAGCAUACAUAUACUUUCACCUCCAGAGAGCCUUUUUGACUUCUUUUGCAAUGAGAGGUGAAAACUUUUUUCUUUUUUUUAAUCUCAAUCUGUUUUUCUGGUGAGAUAUAGAAAAUGUGUGAUUCUCCUCCCCCAGCAGAGUGUAUGAUAUCACAAACGGGUAUGGAGUUGAAGAUAUUCCACCUGCAGACACGCAUACCCAGCCUUAGGCCCUAUUUGGACAGGUGUCAUUUAUGGGGAGGUUGGGUAAAGUAAUUAUUACCAGAGUUUAGUGUUUUUUAUCCAGUCUUAAUGCACCAAGCCAGAUAUUAGAGUGUGCAUUCAUAUGCAGAUGAAAAUUCCAAUGUUAUUUUUUUAAUCUUCUGUAAACGAUGUGUAGAAGUUAAUGUUCUCUGGAAAAGGAAUUUUCUGUCAUUUAUCUCGAGUAUGAAGGGAGUUUUGGAAGAUGGUCACAACAGCAGCAGAGAUUUUAUAUUCAUGCUCGGGGGGACGUGAAGCAGACAGAUAAAUAAACAGUAGCUAGACAAAAAAAACUGUCCGUAGAGACAAAUCCAUUCUAUUCAACCUAGUAAUUUAUUUUCUUUAUUUUUUGAGAAGUGACUGCUGUGCAUUAGGUCUGGUUAAGGAGUAGCACCUGCCAUCUCUCAUUUAAACAGUGUUCUUAUUCUGUACACAUCAGCAUGCUGUGGUGAAUUUACACAACUCCAACUCCCAAUAUAAAAAAUUAUCCCAUUCAAAUAGAGCACAACACGCAGUAAUGACAAACUAAAAUCUGAAAAACAGUUAAAUGCAUUUAUCAGAUUAAUACCCUUUGGAGGAUUUUUCCUUUAAAUGCUUAAUCACUUUUAAAAUAUUUCAUUUGUACCCUUAUAAGUUCUAUUUUAUGGCCGUUCACAUGCGCUCUGUUACACAAAUUCACUUUUUGACUGGUUUAAUGAUAGAGAUAAAGGAACUGGUUAACCACACUGCUUGGUCAAUCUCCACCCUCCACUUUCCGUACCCCUCUUUCUGCAUGAUAGAUUACCACCAUGGUGUGCACCAUCAUCGUCCUGAAGCAGCUCAAGAAAGGCCACCAGGCAAUGUGCAUGCACUAUUCAGCAGUGUACUAAGAAGACGACUCGGUUUAAUUUCCUUUGGUUUUUUUGGGGGUUUUUUUUGUUUGUUUUGCUGCACUCUGAAGAUCACUGCUGGAAUUCAUGCUUAAAUGGUUAAAUGAGUAUUUAGUGGUUUUUGUUCUUCUUAUUCUUCCCCAGUUUAACUACUAAUAAUACCACUUUUUAUUAAACUAGGUUUGUUGAAUUUUUUUUUUAUUUUUUGUAAAUUAGAUCAGUUAUGACUUGUAGUGUCUUUAAAAAUAUAUAUAUAUAUGUGUGUGUGUGUGUGUGUGUGUGUGUGUGUGUGUGUGUGUGUGUGUGUGUGUGUGUGUGUGUGUGUGUGUGUGUGUGUGUGUGUGUGUGUGUGUGUUCAAGCCUGCUGAUAGCCAUUAGUAUUUUAAUUUAUUAGUUUAUGAUGUAGCGGUCCUGAAAUAGAUAAUUAUAAUCGGCUAUUAUUCAUCGAGCUAGAAGCUGUCACAGCUUGACAGAACUUCAGAUUGUGUGCAGCUUUUGUAAGCUGAGGAUGAAAACACCCAUUUCAAGACAAAUCAGCAGGAGGAAGAAAUGGAUCUCACAAAUGCAAAGUUAAAUUUCUUACUUAAAACACACACCAUGUGGACUUCUGACAGCAUUUCUAACAUCUGCUAUAGGUUUGUAUGUUUAGUCCGUUACCAGUCACAUUUUUAUAGUCUUAUGAUGUAAAGCUUUAGCUGUACUGCAGUAACUAAUGUUUGUGAUACUUUCUGUGGAAAUGUUUGUUUAGUAACAAUCACUGUAUUGGGUAAUUAAUGCAAAUGUGCAAAAAGGGAACAUUAUAGUAAUUAUUCAUUCUUAACGUGGCUCUUUUGCACCACAAUUUCUAUUUAUGUUCAGUUAUUCUUUUAAAUGUCUUUGCAUGACGGCCAUGGCUAUGAGCCAUUAAAAUGAAGCCGAUUCUAUAGUGUGCCUUUUUCUAAAGUUUGAGGCCAAAGUUUUUACCUGCAACUGUUGCCUUUGCCUAAUUUAAGCUACUGUGGUAUACUAUUGUGUUUUGUACUGUGGAUUGUAUUGUAAAAUGUAGUGACCAAAUAUUUUCUUCAGGAUAGAGGUUUAAAUGCUCAGCAUUGCUUGAUUUUCUCCACCCACCCCCCAACUCUACAUUAUUGAAUAUUGUAUACUUUUUUUUUUUUUGCUUAAUGUACAUUUUUCAGAGCAGUCUUACCCCAUUCCAUAACUAACUUCUGUUAAUUCUCAUAAAAUGACAAAGUGCCA